AUGGAUGAGCAGACGCCUUCGUAUUUCGUGGAGCAUCUGGCCACUUUUGCUGUCGGCAGACAAUUCGGGCUCGUCGCCCCGGCCGACGGGAUCCGGAAAUUGAAGCAGAUGGAGCGAUCGUCGGCCAUUUGGGCCCAGCCUAUGGUGUUGCGUCUGCGUCGCGACAUCGUUUCCGUCGAAAAUGACAAUGGGGAACUCGUCGAGUCGUUCCCGCUUGAUCUUGUCGAGCAGCCGACAGCCCACAUGAGCAGUGAUCCCCGCGAUUCCUACAACAACAUUUUGCUGUUCGUAGUCCGCGAGGAUACGAAGGGCCGGAAGCACACCACCCCCACCGAGAUGCACAUCUUCCAGUGUGCUCGGGUGACAGCAACCGAAGUGGCCGAAGAUCUUCAACACUACAUCCGCGGCCAGUUCAAAAAGGUGCGAAAUGGACGACGCAGCGGUACGUCGAGUACGGUGGGAGGCGGAGGAGGAGGUGGAUAUCCGGCUGCUGCCGCGCAGGGUGAGAAGCUGCAGGCAAAGAAAAGCUACCCAGGCCCACAAUUCGGCGACGACGUCUCCGUGGCGUCCGACAGCAGCGAGAUGUUCGAGCGGGAUGUCAAUACCCUCAACCGCUGCUUCGACGACAUCGAGCGGUUCGUGGCGCGGAUACAGAGCGCGGCGCUGGCGCAGCGCGAGUUGGAGCAGCAGGCGCAUCGCUACCGCACGGCCCAACGUCGCGACAAGCGUGCCCCGGCCCCCGACCCUCAUGGCAUCCUCCAAAUGCGUGCCCAGCUCCCGCUCGAGGCCGAGUUCGUGGAGGUGCUCCGAAAAUUCAAGCUUUCCUUCAACCUGCUCGCCAAACUGCGCAACCACAUCCAUGAGCCGAACGCGCCCGAGUUGGUGCAUUUCCUCUUCUCGCCGCUGAACGUCAUCCUCGACGCGUCGCACUGGGGAUUGGGCAGGAAUAUCGCACCUCAGAUUGUCUCGCCCCUACUCUCACUCGACGCCCGGGAAUUGAUGCAGAACUGCUUGACGUCGAAGGAAAUGGACACGUGGCUGUCGUUGGGAGAAGCAUGGCGGACACCACCUGAGGAUUGGCCCGGCCCUUUACCAGCCCCCUACAAACCUGUAUUCCUCGACGGAUUCGCGCCAUACGGCCCACCGGAGCCCCGUCCCUCGCGCAACGACGCCACAAUCCACCGUGGCGUCUCCGAGCCCCCGGCACCCUACCGGAACCGCGAACGGACCGUUGAUACGGCCCCAUCAACCCCGGCCGCCCAACGCUACGCUACGCAACAACGCCCGCCGCAGCGGAACAUGUCCGUCGACAACCUGGACAUCGGCCGGCUAUCACUCGAAAAAGAGCGGCUCGAGUUUGAGAAGGAGAAGAUUCGCGAGCGGCAGCGUCGCCUGGAGGAGGAGGAGCAGCGAGUACGGGAAGAGCGGGAGCGGCUGAAGAAGGAGACCGAGAUGAUCCACCGCGAGCGCACCAACUCCACCGGGCCCGCGUAUCGCGAGCCGUCCGUGCAGCCGUCGCCCAUCCCGGAGCGGCGAGACGUUCAGCCACUGCCCCCAUCGAUCGCCAAUGAUCCUGAUCAGUCGCCGAGGCAACGGGCAUUCGUUCAGGAUGUCGUCAAUAGGAGAUGCAAACUCGUACAAGCUACCUACGACCGUGUGGCCCAGAACCCGAAAGAGCUAACGGUGUCGCGCGGUGAAUACCUCGAAGUGCUGAACGACACGAAGAACUGGUGGGAGUGCAAGAAUAUGCACAACCGAGUCGGCUACGUCCCGCACACGAUCCUGACGGUUGUGCCGGCUGACGGAAGCUCGCCGCAGAUGGCCGGAGAGGAGAUCUAUGUCGGACCGGCUGUGAGCUCCGGCCCCCUGCACAACGGCAACAUUUCGGCGGGCAGCCACGCCGGGCUGAACGGCUACGGAGGGCCGCCAGGCGGUGGUGGCAUCUCCCCGGGUCAGGCUCCUCGAGCCCCUCCCCGCUAUAUCGUCGACGCUGGCGUACAGGCGAACGUGCCGGAGAUGGCCCUCUCGCCCAUCCCCACCAUUCCGGCCCCGCCCCCGAUCAACAACUUUGAGCAGCAGAUACUGCACCACAAGCUGCGCCCCGCGCAAGAACGACCGCCUCGGCUUGAGGACCCGAAGCCGCGAAUUCAAGUGACGAGGCGGAUGGCUGGGGAAGAAGCCCUUGUCCAGCAGAUCGUGAGCACAAUCGGCCAGGCUGACGGCCAGAAGAUUCUCCAUGGAGCCAAGCAGCUCAAAUCGAACGUCAAGUUGACUGAGGCGACUGAUGGACCGGGUGUUCAGCGGUGGCUACAGGAUAAGGGAUUCUCGAUGAGAUUAAUGGAGCUGCUCGAGGAGCAGGACGGUGCUGCUCUCUUCUCCCUCUCGAAGCCCGCCCUCGAGCGGGCUGCCGGCAAAGAAGAAGGCGCCCGGCUCUACUCACAGCUUCUCGUCGAGAAGAGCCGCAGCAACUAUCAAACAAAGUCACGUGCUGAGCUGAACGCCAUCCUAAAGUACCGGAAAAACCAGGUGGACCAGAGCAACGAGGCGGCCGGCGAGGAGCCCCACGAGAAUCCUUCCUCUUCUGAA